AGAUAUACUUGAAGCGGCUGAUUUAUAUAACAGGGGCUUUUACAAGUUUCAGUAUUAGCACAAAUUUGUAUGUUUCUUUUUCCUUUUAAAGUAAAACACCCUUGUUCGUGAACAUAUACUUGACAAUGUCAAAGAAACCUACAAAAUACUAUGUGGUGGAUGCAUUCACUGAGACAGCAUUCAAAGGGAAUCCAGCAGCAGUAUGUUUAUUAGAAGAAGAUAAAGAUGAUGAAUGGUUGCAAGCAUUAGCUUCUGAGUUCAAUAUGCCUAUGACUUGUUAUUUAAUUCCUAUUCAUGGAACCUCUAAAUCUAAUUCCCGUUUUGGUAUCAGAUGGUUUACUUCUAAUGUUGAGGUUGAUCUUUGUGGCCAUGCCACAAUAGCAGCUUCACAUGCACUCUUUUCAUCUGGGUUGGUGGACAAGAAUGCUACAAUUGAAUUUGUGACACAGUACUCUGGAAGUUUAACCGCCAAAAAGAUCUCAGUCACCAAUGGCACUCUUACUAACUUGACCAGUUUGCAAAACGAUGAAGCAAAGGAUACAUUCUAUAUAGAAUUGGAUUUUCCAGUGGACCCUAUUACUGAACUCAAUUUUGAUGAUACUUCACUCAUUUCUGAAGCAUUGGGUGGUGCUUCUAUAAUUGAUAUAAAGAGGACACUGAUUCAAGAUAACAUACUUGUUGUGGUCACAUCUGGAAAGAAUGUCAAAGCAAUACAUCCACAAUUUGAUGCAAUUUGCAGAAUACCCAGAAGGGGAGUAAGUGUAUCAGGGAUUGCGCCUUCUGAGUCAGGAUUUGAUUUCUACAGUCGAUUCUUUGCCCCAAAAAUUGGAGUCAAUGAGGAUCUUGUCUGUGGUAGUGUCCAUUGUGGUUUGGCAUCCUAUUGGAGCAAGAAGCUUGGAAAAUGUGAUUUAAAGGCUUAUCAGACAUCAACUAGAGGAGGAGCUAUCGAUAUCCAUCUUGAUGAGCAAAAACAAAGAGUGUUUUUGCGUGGGAAGGCUAUUAUAGUGAUGGAAGGGUGUGUUCUGGUCUAGGCUUGUUCCUAGCAUUGCAGUGAAGUUAAUUGUGGUAUCUCCCUUCACUUGCAAACAUAUAUGUAUGUAAUAAAUAUUUGAAAUGAAAUUUUUUGUAAUUGUUAAGUUGUACUGUGUUAUUUAGUCGAACAACUUGAAUACUUUCGUUGUACUAUGUUUUUCAGUGGAAUAACUUGAAGCAUUUGGGGUGCAUUUGAUUUGUAGAAAAAUAAGGUAUUAGACAAAACAACUUAUGUUGUACUAUGUUUUUCAGUGGAAGACCUUGAAAGUCUUUUGUUGUG